UCACACACACAUUUUUCUUUCCUACCCUUUAUUGUCUCCCUUAAUUAAUUUGGCCUUAGCUUUACUACAUAUACAUACUAGUAUAUGCAUGUACCUUAGCUAGUACUCCUUAGUUCUUCCUACAUACCCAAAACCUUAACAAAUUAAAACUAUGAUGUCUUUUAGUCCUUUUUCAUCAAAAUCGCGGUCAUCUAACCAAAUAAAAAUCGAAACCAACACAAUCAAGCACGAGCUUUUGCUCCGUAUACCAGGAUGUAUAGUCAACUUGAUGGAAGAAGGACAAACCAUAGAGCUAGGACGAGGAGAUUUCUCUAUAUACAUCCUUUCUGACCAAAAUAUACCCCUUGCAACCAUCAUCAAGGUCGCGAAUAACCUACAAUGGCCACUCACGAAAGAUGAGCCCGUGGUUAAGCUUGAUGCUUUUCACUAUCUUUUUACGUUGCCCAUGAAAGGAGGUGAUCCUUUGAAUUAUGGGGUGAGUUUCUCAGACCGAUGUGACAAAAAUUUGUUAGGGUCCUUGGAUUCUUUCCUUAGAGAACAUUCUUGUUUUUCUUGCUCAUCCACGACGAAAGGGAGAAAUAAUAAUGAUCUUGAUUGGAAGGAGUUUGCCCCUAAGGUUGAAGCUUAUAAUGGUGUAUUGGCUAGGGCAAUUGCUGGAGGAACUGGCCAAAUUGUUAAGGGCAUUUUUAUGUGUAGCAAUGCUUACACCAACCAGGUGCAAAGUGAAGGGAAUAUGAUUCUUAGCCAAGAGAACAAGAAUGGGAGAGCCACACUUGCAAAGACUAAAAGCAACAACAAUACUGCUGCAAAAAACAAUGCCAUGAAUCAAAGCAUAAAGCGUGCAAGAAAUUUGUCAAAUGCAACACAACAAAUGAGCAAAACUAUGCUAAAUGGAGUUGGGAUAGCCACUGGAUCAGUGAUGGGGCCCUUGGUUAAUUCCAAACAAGGCAGAGCAUUUUUCUCUAUGAUGCCUGGAGAAGUUCUCCUAGCUUCUCUUGAUGCUGUUGAUAAGAUAAUGUGUGCUGCGGAAGCUGCUGAGCAACAAGCUCUCCAAGCCACCUCCGGGGCUGCGGUUAGGAUGGUUUCCAACAGGUAUGGAGAAAAUGCAGGGCAAGCCACAGAUGAUGCCCUUGCAACCGCUGGACAUUGCGCUGGGACGGCUUGGAACAUACUCAAGAUUAGGAGAGCUAUAAAUCCAGCUUCCGUGGCUAAAUCCGGGGCUAUUCGGAGUACCGGAAACGCUAUCAAAAAUUGAAGAAUAAAGAUGUACGAAAUAAGUUCAAGGAACAAUAUACUUUGUAAUCCUGAUGCUAGUGUGAUAUGUCUAUUUUUUCAGGAUUGAUGUCGUUUUUAAGAAUUGUUUGGUUGAGUGUUGUGUAUUUAAAUACUAUCUCCGUUACAUAUUAUUUGCAUAUGUAACGAAGGUAGUACUAUACAUCAUCGUGACUAUAUAUGUUUUUAAAAGCUCCUCAAAUACUACUUCCUCUAUUCAUUUUUAC